AUGCCCCCCAGGGGCAACGGUGCCAAUCCGUGGCCCCCCAUCCCCGCUGCACCGGAAUGCCGCAUCUUGAAGGAUGAAGUUCCUCUACCAGAAAACCACAAUGAUGGCUACUUCCCAGGCCAGUUCCCUGGCAAAGACGAACAGAUGUUCAUCGUCAUGAAUUACCUUGAAGGAGUAUCGUACAUCCCAGAUGAAUUUAUUGAGCGUGAGACUGAGUCAUUUUAUAAGUCUCUCGGCAUUGAUGAUUCGUAUUUCAAGACUGAGACAGUCGAAAAUGUAGCAAACAAUAUUUUGUCGCUGUAUGCUGCGAAGGUGCAUUCAUUUUCUAGGAAGAAGGUGCUCGAUAUCUGUUUUGCAACGGAAUCCCAAAAUCACGCAGUAUUCUUUGACUCCACCGAGCCCGGUGUAUCUGUCCUUUCGGGAGCUCGUUAUGAACAACUUAUGGAUACCAAAUACCUCGAUGGGUCAACCCCCAAAAGGUCAUGGCGUCUUGAGUCCUUUAGGUCACGUGUUUACAAACUGAGAUGCUACUUCUUGUAUCUCUGUGAAUUUGCCAAUCCAACUCCCCUGGAAGGCGAGACUGACCUUGACGUGAUCUCCGAUAAGACUUUCUUGGAAAAGGUUACGCCAAAUACAAGAAGAAUCUACCAGGAGAUCAUCAAUAGUGUUGUGAGGGUCACCGGUCCUGUGAUUAAAAUGGUUCCAAUCAAAAGGGAGAUGCGUCUCGUUAUUGGUUUCAAACAGGGCACUACAAUGGGUCUAUUCUCUGCCCUUAGUGAUCUUUAUCACCACCACGGGUGUACCUCACUUAGGAAAUACGUUGAGCAUUUCUCAAACGGAGUGACUAUCAUCUGCAUUUAUUUGGCGUCUACCCCUGAUCCCGAAUGCAAGUUCAAUUUCCCACCUAUCGAGGUGUGCAUUGAACAGAUUGUAAGGGAAGUCAGUUUACUCAACUGCAUUCCACAAAAUCUCUUCCAGGCUCAUUUCAUGAGUGGAAAGCUGAGCUUGCAGGAGUCUAUCUAUGCUCAUUGCGUGUGUCACUUUGUGGGCCACUUUUUGAACAGAUUUGGUAGCGAGCUUGGGAUUUUGUCAACCUUCCUCGACCCCGCUAAUACCGCACAUGCCGAGCUUAUGAGUAAUCUCAAGCGUCGAUUUUCUCAUGAAACUUUUAAUGCAGAUUAUAUCUUCAAGUGCGUCAAGGAGCAUCCGGCUCUUAUUCAUGCGCUUUACUUGUCUUUUGCAAGCAAACACUAUAUUCAACCACGCCGCAAGGGAGCCAGUAUCCUGAAACAGUCCUUCACCAGUUCCCAACUGUUGAAGGGUGAUCCAGUCUUGACUGAAGAAGAACUGAAUGCUAAAAUUACGACUUCCGUCAGAAAUGAAGAUCAGGAGCGGGUUAUGAAAUUCUUUAUCACCUUCAACAAACAUGUUUUGAAAACGAACUUUUAUACGCCAACAAAGGUUGCUCUCAGCUUUCGAAUUUGUCCGAGCUUUUUACCGGCGAAGGAUUAUCCUCAGCCUUUGUUUGGGAUGUUCAUGGUUCUUGGAUCGGAGUUUAGAGGGUUCCAUUUGAGGUUCCGUGAUAUUGCCCGCGGCGGUAUCAGGAUCGUGAAGAGUCGCAAUGAAGAGGUCUAUACUUUGAACUCUCGCUCUGUUUUUGACGAAAACUAUAAUUUGGCAAAUACACAAAACCGCAAAAACAAAGACAUUCCCGAAGGUGGUGCAAAAGGGGUGAUCCUCCUGGACGCCAACCAUCAGGACAAGGAGGUUUACGCAUUUGAGAAAUAUAUCGACGCAAUUCUUGACCUUGUGGUAGUAGGCGAUGUACCUGGUAUUAAGGAACCUCUUGUGGAUUAUUAUAAGAAACCCGAGACACUGUUCAUGGGCCCAGACGAAAACACAGCUGGUUUAGUUGAUUGGGCCACCACCCAUGCAAAGAGGAGAAAGGCACCAUUCUGGAAGUCUUUCUUUACUGGAAAAAGUGCUAGUUUGGGUGGAAUGCCUCAUGAUAUCUAUGGGAUGACCUCUUUGGGCGUCCGUGAAUAUGUUCUUGGAAUUUAUAAUAAGCUCGGCAUCGACCAACGGAAAAUGUUGAAACUACAGACUGGCGGUCCUGAUGGCGACCUUGGAUCCAACGAAAUUCUCCUAAGUAGUGAGAAGUAUGGUGCUAUCGUUGAUGGAUCUGGUGUCAUCGUUGAUCCAAAAGGUUUGAAUCGCGACGAACUUGAACGCCUUGCCACUAAACGUCUCAUGGUUUCCAAUUUCGAUGUUACUCUGCUUUCUGAGGUAGGAUAUCGGGUUCUUCUUGACGAUGUUAAUCUAAGGCUUCCGGACGGUGAAAUCGUCCCUAACGGGACCAUUUUCCGUAAUACGUUUCAUCUUCGGUCAAAGCUCCUGUUUGAUAUCUUUGUUCCAUGUGGCGGAAGGCCCGAAUCAAUCAAUCUCUCCAAUGUGGGGAAGCUUAUUGGUGACGGAGAAUGUACUAUUCCAUAUAUUGUCGAGGGGGCAAACUUGUUUAUCUCACAAGAUGCAAAGUUGAGAUUAGAAGAGGCGGGAGCAAUCCUUAUUAAAGAUGCCAGUGCCAAUAAAGGCGGCGUCACUAGCUCUUCCAUGGAGGUCCUCGCCUCCCUUGCUUUCACCGAUGCGGAGUUCACCACCAAUAUGUGUGUCAUCGACGGCAUCACCCCGUCGUUUUAUACAUCAUAUGUGAAGGCUGUUCAGGAUACUAUCCGCGAGAAUGCAAGACUGGAAUUUGAGGCUCUCUGGCAUGAGAAAAGGGUUACUGGAAAGAAAUUUUCCGUUCUCUCCGAUGAGCUCUCGAUGGCUAUCAUCAAGUUGGACGAAGAGAUCCGGGAGACUGAUCUUUGGAAGAACCUUUCUCUAAGACGCAGUGUUAUCAAGGAGGCCUUGCCGGCCUGCUUGAUCAAUACUGUCGGUCUCGAGGUGCUCUUGAAGAGAGUUCCUGUCAACUACACGAAGGCUAUCUUUGGAAGCUACUUAGCUAGCCGUUUCAUCUAUGAAUAUGGAGCCAACUCGAACCAAUUUUCUUUCUUUAAUUUGUGGGCCUCCUAUUACUCUGAAAUUUUACCCCUUCAAUUCAAUAAAUUCUAA